CGUCAACUGUAUUUUUCGACUAAUAUUCUGGUAGCCGCUGCGUGCUGGCGAAAGAGAACACGAUGAACAGUUCGCCGGCAUCGCCGCGACGGCGACAUAUCCUUUCGUCUGUCAAUCCUGGCGAGGGUCACGAGAAAACACCAGAGCCAACCAAGCGCAAGUCGUCGCCCGGUCCAACAGACGCCGGAUCAGAAGCGCAAGCGCAAGCAGAACCAGACGACGGCGAAAACUUGCGACCUAGAUCAUCCCGCAUCCGAUUAAAAUCCAAACACUCAAAGUCGAGCCGAUCGCAUCGCCACCGCAGCCAUGAUCCAGACGCCGCCGACAAUAAAGGCAACCGCUCAGAACACCGCCACAGCCGCCGCCACCACCACAGCAGCAGUCGUCAACAUCGCAGACGAUCACGAUCCCCGACGCCACCGAACCCCUACGAACCCCAGGCCCUCGACCCAGACGCCGCAUUCCGCGAGUCCCUGUUCGACGCAAUGGCAGACGACGAAGGCGCGGCAUACUGGCAGGGCGUCUACGGGCAGCCAAUACACGUCUACUCAAACGAGAGGCCAGGCCCAGAAGGCGAGCUCGAGCGGAUGACGGACGAAGAAUACUCCCAGCACGUCAGGCAAAAGAUGUGGGAGAAGACACACCAGGGCUUACUAGAAGAGAGGGCCCGUAGGGAAGAAGCACGGAAACGCAAAAAGGAAGAGGAAAAGGUGAACAGGAAGCUCCAAGAGGACAUGGAGCGGAGCCUGCGUCGCGGAGAGGAGCGGCGCAAGAAGAGAGCAUGGGUCCAGCUGUGGGAAGAUUACACGCGAGGCUGGACGGAGUGGGCCAAUAACGUGGACAAGAUUCCCUGGCCCGUAGAAAGCGGCCGACGGAGAGACGUUAACGAAAAUGAAGUCCGGCGGUUUAUUGUUAACGGGCUCGGGCUGGAGGACAUUGGCGAGAAGGAGUUCGCUGCGAAGCUGCGCGAGGAGCGCGUGCGGUGGCAUCCUGACAAGAUGCAGCAGAAGCUUGGCGGACAGGUGGACGACGAGGUUAUGAAGGACAUUACGGCGAUUUUCCAAAUCAUUGAUAAGUUAUGGGCAGAUACCCGGUCGAAGGCGUAGUUUGCGCACACAGUACAUGCGGACAAAAGCCUUCGACCAUCAGAUCAUCAUACGGCGCAAUAGCAGAAAGAAUUUUUUACAGGUACG